AUACCUAUAGGAGUGGAUCAGCAGCGAUGGGAAGGACUUGGAACUUUAGAGGGGUAGUUCUUUAGAGUUAUCCUCCUCUCGCUAUAGACUCCUUAGCUCCGCUCUCUCAGACUCGCUCUUGCUUUGAUCUCCUCCUUAACAACAGUUAACGUCAUCGCAUAGCCCUCUGAAGGGGAGUUUUGUCUAGUAGGGUGAAGCGUUGGAGCUCUCAGAGGGCUUACACUGUAGGAGCAGCAAGCAGCAUCUACCGAGGCUCACUCACUCCUAACAAGAAGCACCUCUUUUGAUUAUUUAUUCAGCCCUAAAACGCAAGCUACUACCGCAAAAGACAUGGAACACCAGCUGUUGUGCUGUGAAGUGGAAACCAUCAGAAGAGCUUACCAAGAUGCCAACUUACUAAAUGACCGAGUUCUACAGACAAUGCUCAAAGCAGAGGAAAAUUACCUUCCGUCUCCGAAUUACUUCAAGUGUGUCCAGAAAGAAAUAAUACCUAAAAUGAGGAAAAUUGUGGCUACAUGGAUGUUAGAGGUGUGCGAGGAACAGAAAUGCGAGGAGGAGGUUUUUCCCCUGGCUAUGAACUACUUGGAUAGAUUUUUGUCUGUGGAGCCCACAAAUAAAACCAGAUUACAACUCCUGGGAGCUACUUGUAUGUUUUUGGCCUCAAAGAUGAAGGAAACGGUCCCUUUAACUGCAGAGAAGUUGUGCAUUUACACCGACAACUCCAUCCGGCCCAUCGAUCUAUUGCAAAUGGAACUACUGACUCUAAACAAGUUGAAAUGGGAUCUAGCAUCAGUAACACCGCACGAUUUCAUAGACCAUUUCCUCUCCAAGCUACCAAUCCAUCAGAACACGAAGCAGAUUCUGCGCAAGCAUGCCCAGACAUUCGUGGCUCUCUGUGCAACAGAUGUCAAAUUCAUUGCCAACCCUCCCUCCAUGAUCGCAGCGGGCAGUGUGGCAGCAGCGGUACAGGGGCUGUACCUAAAGAUCAAAGACGGUGCACUGUCAUCCCAGAACCUAACCAACUUCCUGUCCCAAGUCAUCAGGAGUGACCCGGACUGCCUGAGGUCAUGUCAGGAACAGAUUGAGUCUCUGCUUGAGUCUAGUCUGAGACAGGCACAGCAACAUAAUGUCUCCACAGAAACAAAAAGGGUAGAUGAGGACGUGGACCUGUCCUGCACCCCUACAGAUGUGAGGGACAUUAACAUUUGAGUGUCAUCCUCCUCAUUUUUUUGGAAAUAUUUUUGAGGCUCUGGCCUUACCAAGAGGCCAUCUGGGAAAAGAGGACACCAGCGCACCCUCGAGUCGUCACCCUCUGAACACCCUCUGGCAAACGCUUUUGUGCCACACCUGUUACGGUGCCCUGGCCUAUAUGGCCUCCCAGUGACGUGUGGCCGCCCUCAGCCAGGGCUGUCAAGAAAAGACUGAACACCUCACUUUUCUGAGACCACCAGUCAUGUUCCCUCUCACUCUCCCAUCCUGUCUGGCUCAAGACAUCAACAAGGAUGAUAGCAAAAACGAAUUCUUAUGAAAGAUACACAACUAUAUGGAUGAAAUGAAAACAUUAUAGUUCAUGUGCAAGAGUAAGCCACAGAAAUAUACAUUCUUACCACCUAAUGUUGAACUAGGAUUUUUAAAUACCAUAGACUGACUCUACAUGCUUACUUAAAACAUUCAAAAUAACAUCGAGUAGGUAUUUUUAGUCUGUCUUUGUGUCUAGGUUUUUAUUUGAAGUAUAAAUUCAUUUAUAAAAGAGAAGGGGCAUUUUUUUCUCUCUAUUAGAUAGGCAUUUUACUUGCUAUCAAAGCUCCCCUGUUUUUUUUGCAGUCUGGGCAUCUGUGGAUCCCCGCUUGCUUAUGCGUUUAGUCACUUUAUUAUAUUGUCUAGACUUCUAAAGAAAUUCUGAGCCCCUAGUUUUGGCCUCUUCUCUUUUUAACUGGGUUGUAUAACUCAACAGUAUACUUUUAGUAUAUAUUGCUCUGUUUUAUUGUUUAGAUGAUUGUGGAUUGCUGGUGCUGAGGUUUGCCAAAUAAGUUAAUUUAUUCUUCAAUAUAAGGACAAUUACUUUAUAUUCAAUUAGGAGUAAAUUGAAUGAACCAGCAUUGUUUGGCUGUUGAUUUGUGAUAAAUUUUUUCCUCAUUGUACAUAUUUCAACAGCUAGCAAUGACACGAUAAGCUAAAGUCUAGCAAGAAUUGCAAAUCUUUACCAUGCAAUCCACAGUUACGUUUUUUGUGGUUAUAUCUUACUUUCUAAUACCAUUCCAUUUUUAAAAGCACUUUUAGUCAGUUUUUUUCUGACUCAUAAAAAAAAAUCACAGAAAAAAUUAGAAAAAAUGGAAUGGAGUGGAGCAGGUCUCUUUUAACUGUGGUGUUCUGUGUGUUACAAUUUUGCGUACAAGUCAACGCAGCCCAGCAGCAAUCCCGUGUACCCUUGAUGUAGAAGGGUAUUAUUUUGGAGAUUGUUAUGCCACAGUUCUUACAGGAGGGGUCUAUAGUGAGAUGAGGAUUGUGUGUGGCAUGUUUCAGCAUCCUGUAUCCCAUCGCUUGAACGGCAUCCAGAGCAUUUGAAACACUAAAGUAUCAAACUUGAACGCUAAAACAAAGAUUAAGUGUGUUUAUUAUUGCAUAUUUUACUAUUGGAGCCAGUACAGAUUAGAGACAGGAUGCCAAAGUAUGUCUCUAACAUUUUGUACACAACUAUUUACCAUAGUGCUUAACACAUGCCUGCCCUCAAAAUCAUGUAUGACAGUGUUUUCUCAAUACAGAACUGAAAGAAAACACCAUAGUUAAAAUGCUGUUUAGAAUUUGUAGUUGAGGGGAUAAAAACACAAAAAAAAUGUUUUAGAGAUGAUUUUGCACAAACCUGAAGACUUAGGCUAUGUUUAUGUGGCUUGCCUAAGAGAAGUGGAUCACUAAGAUGGGAAGGGUAACGUUGAAAAGUGGGAGUGGGAAAAAGGGAGGCAAAAAGGGUGACAGCUUGACAGCAACAAGUUUUUGUUGAAUUGCUGAAUUAAGGUGUUUGAUUGUACAUUGAGAAAAAGAGAUGAGAGAACAGGAUAAUGGGAGAGCACACUCCUCCUUUUGAGCUGCUAUGGAGGAAUUCCCAGCAAAGUGUAAAACAAAAUGAAAAACAACAAGAAAAAAACAAUGCUUUUUAUCCUAUUGUUUGCUGCUAUAUUUUUUUUUAUACAUAUAAAUGUCAAUAUACUGCCAUGUAAUAGGUUUUUAAUUUUCUAUGAGAAAAUUAUGUUGACAUCUUUGUUUUUGUAGUUUUGUCAUCAGUUUUUACUUUAAUAUGAUUUCAGUGCUAUUCCAAAAAGAGGAAAAAUUAGACAAUAGACAUGGUUUUUAUCAACAAUACCUCAUAUUACAGUCAAGAUUAUCUUUAAUUUAGUUAGUUUUUUUUAGUUAUUUUUUUAUUUUACUUGUUUGUUCAGUGGCUGAUAGUCCUGUUUAAACUGCUAAUGGUAAUGCAUUGAUCAUUAUCCAAAUGGGUCCUGAUGUGAGCAAGUAGAGAGAGCAUUGAUUGAAACUGGUGCCAUAACAGACUGGAUUGUAUAACUCUUGAGUGUUAAGCUGUCUCAUUGAAAGUCUUUAUCCCCUUUAGGCCCCCGAAGGCCCAUCUAUUUUAUAUUUAUAAAGCAUUUGCUCGAGUUAAAACCAUUAAUGAGUUUGAGUUUGUUAAAUACCAAGCCAUAGAAUUAUUUUCAAAUCAUCAUGCCGUUAUUCCACACAGUUCAGUUCAUGCUAUUCUAGAUAUCUUAUCCUCCACCAAGAAGCAUAGCAUAUUUAUAUUUGUGUCAACUGCACAAUAAACGGUAAAUAGAUUCAAUCUUGGAUCACUGCAGUUUUUUCUUAACUGAUCCGCUACUGGAACAUUGAACCAAAAGAAUGGGCUACAGAUAUUAUUGGCACACUUCCAUUUGACCCAGACAUCCUUCAAUCAGAGUAAUGAGUGUGAGAGCCAACAGUGGUUCACUUAGCCAUAGACAUGAUGCUGCUAUAUGUUCCGGUUGUAGAUGUGAGGUAGGUCUAGUGUUGCCAAGUAUUUGACAAAUGAUGUUGCUGCAAGCUGCUGAAAUUUCUACUCGCUAACAAAGGACCCAGGAUGGAAAUAUUGUUUUUCUGUCUAGUGUAAGGAAUAAUUGUUACCUCAAAAAAUGGAAAAAAUACAUGUUGAUGCCCCUGUGCUCAACUAAAGAUGACAUUACAUAUUUUUGUCAUAUUAAUAAAAAGUGUUGUUAGUGAAAAGAAAACAGAAGGGGUGGAGAUCUUUGUCCAAACGUUUCAACAGAAUGUGCUGCAGUGCUCGCCACCACCAACCCCCCCAGCUUUUUACCAUUGCUUCUAUUGUUAAUGACGGUCGGGUGGGUCGCCCCUCUUACUGAGCUGUGGGUCAGGAUCUGUGUUCAUUGCAAUGGGUCAAAGGUCAUCUGGGGUCCAAGAAAAUAAAGCAAAGAUUCUGAAA